UGUCCCGGAAAUAGCGUAAUUGUAACACUAAGGUUUCCGUGUUGCCCCCAACCUGUGCGAGAGGGCGAAAAUGGAGGGUUUGAAUAAACUGAAGCAGUUUGAUGCAUACCCUAAAACUCUAGAGGAUUUCAGAAUAAAAACAUGCGGAGGAGCUACGGUAACCAUAAUUAGUGGGUUAAUUAUGUUGAUCCUGUUCUUCUCAGAGUUGCAGUAUUAUCUCACUAAGGAGAUUCAUCCAGAAUUGUUUGUUGACACAUCGCGUGGAGAUAAGUUGAAAAUCAACAUUGAUGUUAUAUUCCCUCAUAUGCCAUGUGCAUAUCUAAGCAUUGAUGCUAUGGAUGUUGCUGGUGAACAGCAGCUGGAUGUUGAGCACAACCUCUUCAAACAGAGGCUGGACAAAGAUGGAAAAUCUGUCAAUUCCGAGGCAGAAAGACACGAUCUGGGGAAAGAGGAAGGAGAGCUGUUUGACCCAAGCAAGCUAGACCCUGAUCGGUGUGAGAGCUGUUAUGGCGCUGAAACUGAAGACCAUAAAUGCUGCAACACCUGUGAUGACGUGCGAGAGGCAUACCGGCGGAGAGGGUGGGCGUUCAAGAACCCAGACACCAUCGAGCAGUGCAAGCGAGAAGGCUUCAGUCAGAAGAUGCAGGAGCAGAAGAAUGAGGGCUGCCAGGUGUUCGGUUUCCUGGAAGUCAACAAGGUGGCAGGAAAUUUUCACUUUGCCCCUGGGAAGAGUUUCCAGCAGUCUCACGUUCACGUGCACGCUGUGGAAAUUCAUGACCUGCAAAGUUUCGGACUGGAUAAUAUCAACAUGACACACUUUAUCAAACACCUCUCUUUUGGGAAAGACUACCCUGGCAUCGUCAACCCCCUGGACGGGACGCAUGUUGCAGCUCCACAAGCAUCCAUGAUGUACCAGUAUUUUGUGAAGAUAGUGCCCACUGUCUACGUUAAAGGUGACGGAGAGGUGGUAAAGACUAACCAGUUCUCAGUGACCCGGCAUGAGAAGGUGGCAAAUGGGCUGAUUGGGGACCAGGGCCUCCCAGGGGUGUUUGUGCUGUACGAACUCUCCCCAAUGAUGGUGAAAUUCACAGAGAAGCAGCGUUCAUUUACCCACUUUCUCACUGGAGUCUGUGCGAUCGUUGGAGGAGUUUUCACAGUUGCUGGACUCAUUGACUCUUUGAUAUACCACUCUGCACGAGCCAUCCAGAAGAAGAUAGAGUUGGGAAAGGCAUCUUAAUUGGAAGACCAAGAAAUCAUCGCCGUUCUCAGUUAUUGAAUGGUUACUUGGUCUCCAUAAGCUCUGCUUCGAAGAGAUGAAGUUGCAGAGAAAAAAAAAUAAAUUAAGAACCUCACACCCGCUUUCAUAAUCAUGGAGGACCCCAAGACUAAAGUAGCCCAGCAGGUCCCUGUGCUGCCCCUACUGACAGAAUGGCAUAAGUGUGGAUACUGGGCCAGUAAACCGCACUGAAAUUGUCUUCAGGGUGGGGUGGGGCUGUUUAAAAUGUUUAUUCAUAAGCCAGUCUAUAAAACACGCAAACUGAAACAUCUGGCCACUAAAUAUGUCGAAGACUUUAUGGAACGUCUUUUCCCCCAUUUUUAAUUUUUUUAAUGGUGCCAUUUCGUUCUCUCGAUUUAAUUGAUGACGCUGUAUUUUACUGGGUCACCUCAGUCAUUAAUACCAUGUGUCUGUGCCAAGAUGCUGGAUAGUGGUGCCACAGUCAAACACUGCUCCCUCGGCUCCUUUGUCCCGAAGUCGGGGUCCUGAAAGCUUCUCGAUUCGUAUUCCGUUCGUGUGCACAUGUCCAUGCAGUGGUGAUUUUUUCAUUCCCCUUUUCUAUGUUAUGUCUUUGUCCCUCUCCGGGGUGGCUGAGUUAGGGCAGGUGAUCAGUAAUGCGCCGCUGACGCCCGCUUCCGAGUGCUCAGUGGUGCUAAGGGACUUUAAUACAAUUAAAAUGUCAACCGGUUAAUUACAACUGAGCGGGCGGAGUAGAAGUCAAUCGGCGGGGGGGUCGUAAUGCCCGAGCGUUACUACGUGUACGGCCGGUUUGCGUUUUCAUUAUGCCUGCACCUUAAUGACCAAAUUCAGGGUCUGAGGUUUUGUAUGCUUGCGUGCGUUUGCUGUUUCUUACUGUGGAUGACGUUGAACGGAUGUAUUUAUAUUUAAUUAUGUUUAUACAAACAAAAGUGAAUAAAUGUUGAACGCCGUCACCAUUUGCUCUUUACAGUAUGCUAAAAAUGGACGUGGUUUUAACUAAUGACGUUCGCGUGUGCAUUGAAAAAGAACUUUUUACCCUGAAAUUACAACGCAGUCCGAAUAGCUUUGAAAAAGUUUCCAAAGUGCUGUGAUUAUUAAAUAUAAGAACGCAUGAUUUAUUAGUAACAUGGCUUUAGCCUGAACAUGCCACUGGGAAUGCGAAAGACAGGACAUACUGGAGAAAUUCCUUCUAUGCACCUUAUAAUAAUAAAUGUAUUUGGCAGAAUCAUGCUAUGUAGACAGGGAUAUGUUUAUUAUUUAAUUGCUCUCCCCGUGCUUUCAUGGUUGCAGCUUGCGGAGUGUAACCGUUUAUUCCUCUGACCAUUUAAAUGCAGCACGUAAGAUUAAUUACGCUACUUAGCGAUAUUACUGUAAUGAUCUUUCCUGAGACUUGAACCACCCAGGGCUGGACUGGAUUAAAAAUCUUAAUAAAUUUUGCCGAGGGGGGUGGGUGUCCUCCACGCUGACUUUUGCCGAGCGAUAAAUUUUCCUGACGGGGGGUGGGGGGUCCUCGCGGUAAAUUAUUACGGCAAAAUAGGCCUACAUAUCGGCUAACACAGUAUAAUAUGCCCGGUAUGCCAGAUGGCCACUUCAGCCCUGCUUGAACCUCCAAAUUACGAUUACAUGUCCACUUUAUUUUUAAAAGGCAGAACUAUUUUGUGGUGCCACUAUACCAGACUGUAUUUUUCGCUAUUCUGUACUUUGAUUUGAAUGACUGCGGUCCCUGCACUUUAUAAACCCUCUCCCCUCCACAAGAGGGCGCUCAUAAUCCGUUAAUGGUUAAACAAUAUGCCGGUUGGCUGUAAUGUGGGCCCGUGACUGAGUACUCAGUCAUCAAGAAUCGUUUCCUGCGGAUGACUUGAAUUCCUGUAAUUCCAAUUAUAAACGUUUUGUUUUAAGCUCGCACUUUCACGGGGUUUUGUGUCUGUGUGCGUUCGCCCCCCUGAAGUCGAGGUCUCCGGCAUUUUGAACUCCUGGGGGGAGGCUACCCGAGUCAUCAGCUGCAGCCGGUCUUGGGUCUCUGUCAUUUAUGAGGGUGGAAUCUCUGCCUGGAGAUCCCACAUCCUGUUUUAUCCAUGAUGUAAGGCACAUGGAAAGAAAAAUGUUUGUGACGGGAAAUAAUAGCUUUGAUAAUUCUCGGAUGUUUUCAGUCCUGUUUAAAUCGGGCUCCAUCCCUUAACUGAUGUAUUAUAGGCGGUCUCCAGAGAGGAAAUGGGAAACCUACUGACUCAGAUUCCAGCACUGAUUUGGUAGGAGCUUUUGGCACUACAGAGCUGGAGAGUCAGGGGCACGGCCUGGUCCGCACCCAUAACACACAGCUGGCAUCGCAAUGGCCAAGAGAGCAAGAGAGAACAUUUUUUUUUAGUGUCAGGUAAAAUCCUGGCAAUACGUUUCUGGGUUUCAGUUUCUGAAGGAAUAUUUGUGAUGUAGCAACCGAAGGAAGAAGAAUGUGUGUGUGUUUGUCAAAUAAAGAUUGUUAUUGUUCAA